AAAUGAGGGACGAUCAUGUGCUGAGGUCCUGAAACAGCAACUCGAGCAUUCUCACUUGCGCCGCUUGGUGCAGAGAUUUCACGGGACACAAUCUCGGAGUCAGAAACAGCUCCGCAGACACUCGCGUGAGAGCCAAACGCGAACUCAGUUUGACAAAUUGGGGAUCGAUGACGAUUGCGCAGUCGGCUACCAUGCCCGAGGACUGAAGCAUCGCCAUAGUCGAAGAAUAAUUCGAACGACUCCGCUGGAACUGCAAUCGGGUCACUGGCUCGAGAGGGAAAAUGCGCUAGCACGAGCAUCGAAACAAUCCUGAGAAGCUCGGAGAAGGAGAAGGAGAAGGACGCAUGAAUCUCGAUCAGCCGGAAGCGGAGGAGCUUCUCCUCAAGCGCUGCUGGUUGUCACGCUACUGGGGGCUGGCUGCUCGGCUCGGCGUCUACGCCGACAUCGCCCACGGGAAGCACAGCUUGUGGGCAUCGCUGGCCCCGUCGCCAUUCGAGUUCGUCGUCGCAGCGGCUGAGAAAGCUCUGGAGGCGCCGGCGCUGGCGACGAGCCGCGAGCUGCGACCGAGCACGAGCAAGAGGCCUCAUCGGCAUCUGAAGACGAUGGGCGAGAUCAUCGCCAGCGAGGAAGACGCCGGCAGCAUGCUCGCGGUGGACAAGGCCCUGCGGGAGAUGGCCAUGCUCCGAGUGGAAGAGGCCGUGCUGCUCGCCAUGACUGACCACCGCCAUCCCGCCAUGAUGCGCGUCGGGCUGAGCGUCGACGAGGCCGAGGACGUCCAAUUCAAGCAAGCAUGGCUUCUGUACUUCUGGAGUCGAGCCAAAUGGCUGGGACUGGAACGAGAUCUGGCCGACGAGCGCGUUCUCUACUGGACGCAGAGGCGACACCAGCCGCCGACAUUCCGCGAUACGGUAGAUGUGGAGAAGGGAUUGCUGGAACUGCAAAAGCUCGGCCUGGACAAACAGCAACUCUGGGAGGAAGCUCCUCCUCGUGACGAGCUGGAAAUCGCGCACCCCAUCGUCGCCAUCUAGUUUUCUCUUCUCCUUCUCAAAUUCUACCCCCAAUUUUUGCAGAGAGAUUCAUAGUUGCGCCGACGAGUCCGAUCGGGAUUCGUUUAGGCAAAUGUUCGCGUGUGCCCGCGUCAGUCAUCAAUGUCACAUCUGAUCCAGAUCCGAUUCGAGUUGUAAAUUGGUCACAUUCUGAAUGUGCGAUUUGAUGAAUGUGACAUUCAUCAACCGACCAGCGCAUUCGUGUGAAGGAAAGUUCUGCCAUUCGAUGUCUGAUGUGAAUGCUGUGACAAUCUGACGAAACCUUGGAAUCUCAGCAGUAGUAAUUGCGCGAUUGGAUCGUUUCCAGCGAUUGUAGGACACUGGUGCUUCGCAGGUUCGGUGCCAUGCAGGCUGCGGGCAGAGCUGCAUAAAUCAAUGUUGUUCCUGUAGAAAAUGGAUUCUGUACCCUCAUCGAAUGGUUCCCGAAUCAUAUACAACAAUUAAGAGAAGACCUAUUUAGAAUUUUAUCUAUUUAUGAAAGGAGUAGUAACACGAGAUUUGAUGCUUUGGGAAUCCAAAGCAUCGCAAUGGGAAAUAUGUACUCUUGAACCCAACAUGUGUUAAUUAUCUAGCUAGAUUAAAUCUUCGAAAUUCUACAAUAGGAUAUGAUUCAUCGUCCCAUAAUGAGAUCUUUAUUCUACACGCUCAAUUAUGAAUCAUCGUCUCAUAAUC